CAUUUUGCGAUCUUACGCAACUGCUGAAAAUCUAAUAGAACUAGUUGACAAUAUGCACGAGGUUAUCUUAUUUUUAUCGGACCACUCAUCUCUCGCCCUUAUCUGAAGAGAGUCUGUCUAUAUUCGACUCUCACUCAAGUGCUAUGGCCCCUUUUUAUAGUGUUCUUUCACGUCCUUUGGACAGGUUAUAUCCACGGACCUUUUUCUUUCCUAGCGGAGAUCUAGUUCCGACACAUUUGAGAUGCGAGUAACUACAUAGGUCCGUCUAUCGCCCAAGCCCACAGUUUGAUGCCGAUUUCCAUGCACUGUCCUCUUCUUCCUUCUUCGAUACUUCGGGGGAGGAGAUUGCAUGGCAUAACCAGCUCAACAGUUGGAAGAAAGGACGUACGUCACUUAUAAGUCUUACGCUUUUAGACCCGACUGUCUGCCUCGACAAGUCAAGACUUACUGUAUAAAGCAAAAAGGCAGUCUCUAGAAACUCAUUUCUAAGUCAAUCCUCCCGAAGCCAAGAGCCGAACAGGACCUUUAUCGACGAGGGAGCAGCAGCAGCAGCAGUAGCAGCAGCAGUAGCACAGUCCCGUCGCACAAGGACGAUGAAGUCCCUUCCAUGGAUCGUCAAGCUGAGUUAUGGCGUCGGCCACGUGUUCAACGACCUCUGCGCCUCCAUGUGGUUCUCUUAUCUCCUCAUCUUCUAUGAGAAGGUCCUUCUGUUCGACCCCAUGAUGGCUGGUCUGGUGCUCCUUGUCGGUCAAGUCGCAGACGGCCUGAGUACCCCUUUUGUGAGGAUAUUUUCCGACAAAGAAAACAGAAUCCCUAUGUGCGCCAGAUACGGUCGCCGGAAAGUCUGGCACUUGGCUGGCACCAUUCUGGUUGCCCUGAGUUUCCCAUUCAUCUUCAACUCCUGCUUGGGAUGCAAAGGCACGAACCAAUGGACCCAAUUUGCAUAUUACGUGUCCUUCGUGUGCGUCUUCCAGUUUGGGUGGGCGUGCGUCCAGAUCUCUCAUCUGGCCCUCAUACCUGAACUCACGACGGAGAAGCGCCAGAGCACUGAGCUGAAUUCCAUUAGGUACGCCUUUACUGUGCUGUCGAACCUGAUCGUCUUCGCAGUGACCCUCCUUGUGCUGAAAACGGGUUCAGACAGCAACAUCGAUGACCCAAGUCAAAGGGUUAUCAGGUACGCCAACUGCACCGCACGGGGCGACGGGGCUGAACUAGUCGCUGUUGAACCCGUCGAGAAACCCUGUUACUUGGAUACUAUUGGACCCGAAGAUGUGGGGAAGUUUCAUGCCAACAUAAGAAACUUAGAUAUUUAUGUUGGACUUUUGGUACCAGAUCUUGGUAAACAUAGAUUCUAUGUCACCCGCAAGGCCACCCUUUCUACACAAAAUCUGAUGAGAACUCCAACCAGGGAAUUAGUCAUAUCAGGACCUUGCAUCAACUUGUCAUUAAGGGAACUACCUGGUAUUUAG